CUGCGCAGGCGUUGCUCGCACCCUGUUGAUUAGUCAGUGCUGGGAUGGCGCUUCCUGGGCCAGGCGCGGCGGCUGGCGGCCCCAGCCGAUGCCGGGGGGCGGCGGGAGCAGCGGCGGCCGCUCGGCGGGCCUCCCCCUCUGCCUAGCCCGGCAUGUCCCGCGGCCGUAGCCGGCGCUGAGCGCGGCGAGCUGCCUUCCCCGCUUCUCUCCCCGCUUCUCUCCCUUCCGCCGCCGUCCUGCCGGGUGGGAGCGACCCCGCCGGCUGUGCCCGCCCGGUUCCCUCCCCUCCGCGCCGCUGCCCUGUUCGGGCCAGGCGGGAAGAUGGACCCCGGCUCCUCGCUGGGCUUCAGCCUGAAGGACGUGAAGUGGAGCGCGGUGGCCGUCCCCCUGGACCUGCUCGUCAGCACCUACCGCCUCCCGCAGAUCGCCCGGCUGGACAGCGGAGAAACUGUAGAAGGCCUUCGAGAGAGUGAUUACCUCCUGAUUCAUUCGUGCCGGCAGUGGACAACAAUUACAGCUCACAGUCUGGAGGAGGGCCACUACGUCAUAGGGCCAAAGAUAGAAAUCCCUGUACAUUAUGCAGGGCAGUUUAAGCUGCUGGAACAAGACCGAGAUAUUAAGGAGCCAGUGCAGUAUUUUAACAGUGUGGAGGAGGUGGCUAAAGCAUUUCCUGAACGAGUUUACGUCAUGGAGGAAAUAACAUUCAACGUUAAGGUAGCUUCAGGUGAAUGCAAUGAAGACACUGAGGUUUACAACAUUACCCUUAGUACUGGGGAUGAGCUCACUUUAAUGGGACAAGCAGAAAUCCUUUAUGCAAAAUCUUCUAAGGAGAAGUCACGGCUCAACACCAUCUUCAAAAAAAUUGGUAAACUUAAUUCAAUUAGUAAGCUUGGCAGAGGCAAAAUGCCUUGCCUCAUCUGCAUGAAUCACAGGACCAACGAAAGCAUCAGUCUCCCAUUCCAGUGUAAGGGCAAGUUUAGCACCCGCAGCCCGUUGGAGGUGCAGAUGCAAGAAGGUGAGCACACAAUUCGUAAUAUAGUAGAAAAAACUCGUCUGCCUGUUAAUGUGACUGUGCCAAGUCCUACACCAAGAAACCCCUACGACCUGCAUUUUAUCCGUGAAGGACACAGGUACAAGUUUGUCAACAUUCAGACCAAAACUGUGGUGGUUUGUUGUGUUCUUCGUGGCAACAAAAUUAUUCCCAUGCAUUUUCCUUUGCACUUGGCACUUCCAAAAUUCACUCUACCUGACAGUCUCGUGAAGGGGGAGCUGUGGCAUGAAUCCCUCAUCCAGCACUGGUUUAAUAUAUGCCAGGAACAGUUUGACAUAGACGAGUAUUCUCGGGCCGUGCGCGAUGUGAAAACAGACUGGAAUGAAGACUGCAAGAGCCCAAAGAAGAGCCGGUGCAGUGGGCACACUCACGUGCCAAACUCCCUCAGCUAUGCGCGGGAUGAGCUCACGCAGUCCUUCCACCGGCUGUCAGUGUGCGUUUAUGGCAACAAUUUGCAUGGCAAUAGUGAAGUGAACCUCCACGGCUGCAGGGACCUGUGUAAUGAGUGGGCUCUGUUUUCUCAUGAUGCACUUCAGUACCAGGAUUCUGGUGACAGUAGCAGCGAUUACCUUUUUCCUGAGGUUGGUGAAGAGUCCAUGUUUCUGCCUACGAAACCAGAACUUCCUUACGAAGAGCUGUGGUUGGACCAAGGGUCUGGAAAGCCUGGUGAGCAGCCGCUUACUCGCUCACUAAGUGAGAAGAACAAAUGUGACAAUUACAGAGGAUCCUUCCGAUCAAAGUGUGGUAGUACAUCUCUUCCUGUGCCUGGGACAGUCGAUGCAGCAACAAAGUCUGCGGAUGUUUCCCUACCUCCACCUCCAGUGCCUCCCAAAUCAGAAGCAGUAAAAGAGGAAUGCAGGCUCCUGAACGCUCCCCCUGUUCCACCACGGAGUUCAAAACCAUCUUCCACCAGUCCUUCCAUCCCUCCUCGCACAGUCAAACCUGCACGACAGCAGACACGCUCUCCUAGCCCUACUCUGUCCUACUAUUCUUCGGGACUGCACAACAUCAACGUCACAGAGAGUGACAGCGCAAACCCAGCUGACAGCAGCACACCUGUUUCUUGCUACCCUUGUACCAUGAUGAAAACCGAAUCCAAAGAGCCUGAGAACACAAUGCCUUUUGGAAGUCCCUCAAUCGAAGCUCUGCCUUCCAGAUUGUCUUGGCCAAACCAUUUUUCUGGAACUACAGAAGGCCAAAAUAGGAGUGAUUUCCUGCUUGAUCCAAGCAGGAGCUACAGUUACCCCAGACAGAAGACUCCAGGCACGCCAAAGAGAAACUGUCCAGCACCUUUGACUUUUGACUUCGAUGGGUGUGAGCUCCCUGUGGGGUACUCCCAGCUGUCCCCAGCAGAGUUCAACAUCUCCAGCUGCCCGAAGUCAGCAAGUUACUCUCUAGACUGCACUGAUGAGAAAACUCUGGGAGACAGCAAUGCAAAGCAGAGUCAUUCAUGUCCUGCCUUACCUCCUCGGGCACCAAAGUCAAGCGAAGAGAAACAAGUUACAGACAUGUGUCCUUUGCCACUAAAAAUAGAUGGUGCCGAGGAGGAAUCAAAAACUGAUUCUCCAGACCUCCUGGAAGAUCAAUAUCUGGUUAAAAAGGGCAUGCAGGAUACGUUCUCUGUGUCUUAUCCCUUCUCAUCUCCCCUCCACCUCCAGUUAGCGCCAAGGUCUUGUGGGGACGGCUCUCCCUGGCAGCCACCCACAGACCUUUCUGGACUCUCAAUAGAGGAAGUGUCUAAAUCACUGAGGUUUAUUGGUCUGUCAGAAGAUGUCAUAUCAUUUUUUGUUACAGAGAAGAUUGAUGGCAAUUUACUGGUUCAGCUAACGGAAGAAAUCCUGUCAGAAGACUUUAAGCUAAGCAAAUUGCAGGUUAAGAAAAUACUACAGUUCAUUAAUGGCUGGCGGCCCAAGAUGUGAUGCUGACUAGUACAGUGGAACUGUAUGAGAUGUGCUAAAGGCACCUCAGCUAAUACAUCACUUCCUGUUUUUUGCACUAAGAGACCUUCCUGUAAAUAGUAGUAGAAAAAUUCUUAACUAUGCAGAUAAAAGUUUUUGAUUGGUGA